AUGGAUUCUCGAACAUCCCCGACGCCUUUUAUCGCCCAGCAGUAUGCAAAUGACAAGAAGAUCCAUGUGCUACUGGCAGCCGCUACUAUCAAGCUGCCUGACAUUGCAGAGGCGCUAUGUCGUAAUAAGAACUUCUCAAUCCGUAUCCUAGUCACCGAGCCAGCGGAGAAGUUCCUCGUCGGACAAAUCUUGGAGCAGCCGGCUUUCGAAACUCUGCUUCAAAUAGAUGGUGUGGACGCUAUCUACCGGGACGAAGAUGAAUGGUCUCCGUCGUGGACACGCGGAGGACCAGUGCUGCAUAUUGAGCUGCGCAAAUGGGCGCAUAUUCUACUGGUCGCCCCAAUGUCUGCAAAUACCAUGGCGAAAAUGGCCAAUGGGAUCGCCGACAACUUGCUUCUUUCGGUCAUUAGGGCCUGGGACACGACUGGAGUAGUGGAUAUGGGAUUCAAAAGCCAGAAACCUAGGAUCUUUGCAGCCUUGGAUAUGGACAGAUGUAUGUACCGACAUCCAGUGACUGAAAAACAGUUUAAAGUCCUACGUGAUCAGUGGGGAUGGAGUGAAUCAAACCCGGAAGGCUGGGUGACUUUGCUGCCUCCCGCGGAGAACAGCCUAGAUGUCAGUACCGGAAAUAUGAUGGACUGGAGAGAUAUUGUCACUGUCAUCCAAAACUACGCAGGAUUGGUGCAGAACUCGUGA